AUGGUCUUCAGUCGUGCCAGAAAUGGAGGAUGGAUGGUUUCAUUCGCGGCUAUCUUGUAUGCGAUACUUCUAGUGGCUCUACCACUAACAUCGCAGUCGCGCUCGUCGCACGGGUUUGCAAGAGCGGCCGACGAAGUGGACAACUACGGAACUGUGAUUGGUAUUGAUUUGGGUACUACAUAUUCGUGUGUGGCGGUGAUGAAAAACGGUAAAACGGAAAUUUUGGCCAACGAGCAAGGUAACAGGAUCACACCUUCCUACGUCGCGUUUACCGACGAAGAAAGGCUAAUUGGUGAUGCUGCGAAGAACCAAGCAGCUGCCAACCCUCACAACACCGUUUUUGAUGUCAAGAGAUUGAUUGGUCUAAAAUACUCCGAUGACUCUGUUCAAAGAGAUCUCAAGCAUUUACCUUUCAAGGUUGUCAACAAGGACAACAAACCAGCUAUUGAAGUCACUGUAAAGGGUGAGGAUAAGACUUUCACACCGGAAGAGAUCUCUGCGAUGAUAUUGGGCAAAAUGAAGCAAAUCGCCGAGGAUUAUUUAGGCAAGCAAGUCACUCAUGCAGUUGUCACUGUCCCAGCUUAUUUCAAUGAUGCUCAGAGACAGGCAACAAAGGAUGCCGGUACCAUUGCUGGUCUCAACAUAUUGAGAAUUGUAAAUGAACCUACUGCUGCUGCCAUUGCGUACGGUCUAGACAAAUCUGAGGAAGAACACCAAAUUAUUGUUUACGACUUGGGUGGUGGUACUUUUGAUGUUUCCCUAUUGUCCAUCGAAGCCGGCGUCUUCGAGGUCCAAGCUACUGCGGGUGAUACUCACUUGGGUGGUGAGGAUUUCGACUAUAAGAUUGUCCGUCAUUUCAUUCAAUUGUUCAAGAAGAAGCACGGAAUCGACGUCAGCAAGAAUGCUAAAGCCUUGGCUAAACUUAAGAGAGAGGCGGAAAAGGCUAAGCGUUCAUUGUCUAGCCAAAUGUCAACCCGCGUGGAGAUUGACUCUUUUGUUGACGGCAUUGACUUCAGCGAAACUCUAACCAGAGCCAAAUUUGAAGAAAUGAACUUGGCUCUUUUCAAGAGAACUUUGAAGCCCGUGGAAAAAGUUUUGGCGGAUGCUGGUGUCAAUAAGGAGGACAUUGACGACAUUGUUCUUGUUGGUGGUUCCACAAGGAUCCCUAAGGUGCAAGCUUUGUUAGAAUCCCACUUCAGUGGUAAGAAGGCUUCAAAGGGCAUCAACCCAGAUGAAGCUGUUGCUUAUGGUGCUGCUGUACAAGCCGGUGUGCUGUCCGGGGAAGAGAGUGUUGAGGACAUUGUCUUGUUGGAUGUCAAUGCUUUGACUUUGGGUAUCGAAACUACUGGAGGUGUUAUGACCCCAUUGAUCAAAAGAAACACUGCUAUUCCAACUAAGAAAUCGCAAAUGUUUUCCACCGCAGUAGACAACCAACCAACUGUUAUGAUUCAAGUCUACGAAGGUGAAAGAGCUAUGGCCAAGGACAACAACAGACUAGGUCAAUUCGAAUUGACUGGCAUUCCCUCUGCCCCAAGAGGUGUUCCUCAAAUUGAGGUCACUUUUGCGCUGGAUGCUAAUGGUAUUUUGAAGGUGUCUGCCACUGAUAAGGGAACCGGGAAGUCUAAUUCUAUCACCAUCACCAACGACAAAGGCAGACUGACCCCUGAACAAAUUGAAAAGAUGGUGGAAGAGGCUGAAAAGUUUGCUUCUGAGGACGCUGAAGUCAGGUCCAAGAUUGAGGCUCGUAACCAAUUGGAAAACUAUGCCCACUCUUUGAAGAACCAAGUCAACGGUGAACUAUCUGAAAAGUUGGAAGAGGAAGACAAAGAAACUUUGUUGGAUGCCGUGAAUGACGUUUUGGAAUGGAUGGAAGAUAACUCUGACACCGCUGUUGCCGACGACUUCAAGGAAAAAUUCGAGUCUCUAUCUCAGGUCGCUUACCCUAUCACGUCGAAGCUAUAUGGAGGCGCUGGUGCCACCGGAUAUGAUGACGAAGAAGAAGAAGAAGAAGAUGAUGAUGACUAUUUCGACCACGACGAAUUGUAG